UGGGGAGGAAAAAGAAACACACACACACACACACACACACACACACCUCAGACCAGCUGAUCACCAGCUGAGGCUUUGUUCCCCAACCUGCACGUUUCCUGCAAAGGGAAGGAGAUCUUUGGUGAGGUCACAGACUGGCGUCUGCAGCCGAAGCCCGAGCAGAGGAGACCAUGAUGCAGCGUGGUGAGCAUGGACAGAAAAGCCAUCUGAGGUCACGACCCUUCCUCAUGGUGGGCAGCGUGUGGGCAGCUCUGGGGUUCUCCCUCACCCUCAUCUCGGCCCUCAGCCUCAUCUCACCUGUCUGGUUCCAGACCCCCACCUUCUCCUUUGGCGUGCUCACCUACUGCUCCUGGCCUCGGGGCGACAGCUGGAACCAGAGCUGUAUGGCCUUCGGGUCUCUGGAGGACAUCCCUGACUUGGCCUGGAAGGUCUCAGCUGCAAUGCUCCUCGGAGGCUGGCUCUUAUUGAUCUUCAGUGCAAUCAUCCUCUUGUCUUGGGCCCUGACUCCCAAAGGGCUGGGCCUAAGGAACAAUACCCCAGUGCCAGGGAUACAGGCCGCAGCAGCUGCUGCCACCAUCGUGGGCCUGCUAGUUUUUCCAGUUGCCCUGGCCUCACCAUUUGCCAAGGAGGCCUGCGAAGCCUCCUCCAUAUACCACAGUGGAAAGUGCCAGGUGGGCUGGGGGUAUGUCAUUGCCAUCUUCAGUGCAGUCCUGGCUAGCCUCCUGUCCAUCACCAGCUGGGCCCACGUGACCAAGGUCCAGGGGAGAACCAUCUUCUUCUCCAGUGACACCGAGAGAAUCAUCCUUGUGCCAGAAAUGAACAAAUAAAACUCUCCUGGAAGGACCAAAAAGGGUAUAUUUCUGAGUUGUAUGAAGUCACCAUGGACCCAGGAUCAAAUCCUUCCUCCUCGUCUUCCUUGCUGUGUGACCUCAGGCAAGUCGCUUCACCUCUCUAGCCCCUAGUUUUUUCUUCUCUAAGAUGGAGACUGAAAUAAUCUCUACAUCAUAGGAUUGUUACAAUUAACCUGUGAUAUUCUGGUAAAUAAAGCACU